GAGAGGAGCCAAUGUAUAUAAGGAAGGCUCCCGAGCGCGCAGGUUUCAGUAGCGGCGCUGAGCGCAGGCUGGGAUCUCGAGGCCGAGAGCGGCAGCUCCAGCCGCCUCAGUGCAGAGGACGCGGGCACUAGCCGGCUUGCAGCCCCAGGAUUAGCCAGAGGACACAUCCUCAACGCGGCCGCCGCCCAGCCGUCCUCACCUGGAUAACCUACCGCGGCAAUUUGAGCGGACCUAGCGGGGAGCCGAGGCAGGAGGAAGACUCCGAGCGGAGCCUGGCUUUUCAGAGACUCCUCCGCGGGUGGACGCACGGGGAGGCGGCGUCCCGAACCAAGCCAGCUUCAGGGCGGGCGGGUGGAGAGAGCGACGCCCCAGGGAAUGGCAGCCGCCUCCAGUAGCGCGUCUGGUUGGGCGCUACUGUUGCUGGUGGCACUUUGUCAGCAGCGCGCGGCCGGCUCCGGAGUCUUCCAGCUGCAGCUGCAGGAGUUUGCCAACGAGAAAGGCAUACUGGCCAGCGGGCUGCCCUGCGAACCCGGCUGCCGGACCUUCUUCCGCGUCUGCCUGAAGCAUUUCCAAGCGGUCGUCUCGCCGGGGCCGUGCACCUUCGGCAGCGUCUCCACACCUGUGUUGGGCACCAACUCCUUCGUGGUCCGGGACGACAGUAGCGGCGGAGGACGCAACCCUCUCCAGUUGCCUUUCAAUUUCACCUGGCCGGGCACCUUCUCACUCAUCAUCGAAGCUUGGCACGCGCCUGGAGACGACCUGGGGCCAGAGGCCAUGCCACCAAACGCGCUCAUCAGCAAGAUCACCAUCCAGGGCUCCCUAGCUGUGGGCCAGAACUGGUUAUUGGAUGAGCAGACCGACCCUCUCCCAACAAAGCUGCGCUACUCUUACCGGGUCAUCUGCAGUGACAACUACUAUGGGGACAGCUGCUCACGCCUGUGCAAGAAGCGCAAUGACCACUUCGGCCACUACGUGUGCCAGCCAGAUGGCAGCCUGGCCUGUCUGCCGGGCUGGACUGGGGAGUACUGCGAACAGCCUGUCUGCCUUUCUGGCUGUCAUGAACAGAACGGCUACUGCAGCAAGCCGGCGGAGUGCAUCUGCCGCCCAGGCUGGCAGGGCCGACUGUGCAACGAAUGCAUCCCCCACAAUGGCUGUCGCCAUGGCACUUGCACUACCCCCUGGCAAUGUACCUGUGACGAGGGUUGGGGUGGCCUGUUCUGUGACCAAGAUCUCAACUAUUGCACCCAUCACUCCCCGUGCAAGAACGGGGCCACGUGCUCUAACAGUGGGCAGCGGAGCUACACCUGCACCUGUCGUCCAGGCUACACUGGUGUGGACUGUGAGCUGAAGCUCAGCGAGUGUGACGGCAACCCCUGUCGCAAUGGAGGCAGCUGUAAGGACCAGGAGGAUGGCUACCACUGCUUAUGUCCCCCGGGCUACUAUGGCUUGCACUGUGAGCACAGCACCUUGAGCUGUGCAAACUCCCCUUGCUUCAAUGGGGGCUCCUGCCGGGAGCGCAACCAGGGGACCAGCUAUGCCUGUGAAUGCCCUCCCAACUUCACUGGCUCCAACUGCGAGAAGAAAGUGGACAGGUGUACCAGCAACCCGUGUGCCAAUGGGGGCCAGUGUCUGAACCGAGAUCCGAACCGCAUAUGCCGCUGCCGUCCCGGAUUCACAGGCACCCACUGUGAGCUCCACAUCAGCGACUGUGCCCGCAGCCCUUGUGCCCACGGCGGCACCUGCCACGACCUGUGCUUCAACGGGGCCACCUGCUACCCCGGCCGCUCCCCCGACAGCUUCGUCUGCAACUGCCCCUACGGCUUUGUGGGUAGCCGCUGCGAGUUCCCUGUGAGCAUGCCACCCAGCUUCCCCUGGGUGGCUGUCUCCCUGGGCGUGGGGCUGGUGGUGGUGCUGGUGCUGCUGGGCAUGGUGGCCGUGGCUGUGCGGCAGCUGCGGCUUCGGCGGCCGGACGACGGCAGCAGGGAGGCCAUGAACAACCUGUCAGACUUCCAAAAGGACAACCUGAUCCCCGCCGCCCAGCUCAAGAACACAAACCAGAAGAAGGAGCUGGAAGUAGACUGUGGCCUGGACAAGUCCAACUGUGGCAAACAGCAGAACCACACAUUGGACUAUAAUCUGGCCCCAGGACCCCUGGGGCGGGGGACCCUGCUGGGGAAGUAUUCCCACAGUGACAAGAGCUUAGGGGAGAAGGCGCCCCUGCGGUUACACAGUGAAAAGCCAGAGUGUCGGAUAUCAGCGAUAUGCUCCCCCAGGGACUCCAUGUAUCAGUCCGUGUGUUUGAUAUCAGAGGAGAGGAACGAAUGUGUCAUUGCCACAGAGGUAUAAGGAGAAGCCUCCCAGGACAUUCCAGCUUUGCCCAGCAGCUGGACCUUCCUUCUGCAUUGUUUACAUUGCAUCCUGGAUGGGACAUUUUUAAUAUGCAACGUGCUGCUCUCAGGAGGAAGACGGAAUGGCAUGAACUGGACAGACUGUGAACUUGCCAAGAGAUGCAGUACCUUCCACACCUUUGGGUGUCUGUCUGGCAUCAGAUUGGCAGCCGCACAGCCAGGGGAACCGAGAAGAGGAGAGGCGCCACUGGGACCUGCCCUGCCAGCAGUGGCCUUCAGAGGGCUCCUUUGGAGUCUGGCCUGUUUUCCAGAGGGAGUGGCAGUGGUCCCGUAGGGCCCGGAGCUGCUGCGGCCUCCACUGGCAUCUGUGUUUCCAAAAGUGCCUUUGGCCGAGGCUCCAUGGUGACAGCUGGGUCCAAAUCAGAGAGGAGAGAGGAGGCCAGUAAGGGCAGGGCCAUCCGUGGGCCAGGAAACCACCAGGUGUGGCUGUUGGCAGGGGUUGCCCUGCAGGUGAGGUGAGCACCCAAAGUGGGAGGAGCACUUUCUGCCCACGUGCCUCCAACGGCUGCGUUUGGGCUGUCUUCAUAACACCACCCAGCCGCUCCCUGGGCAGGCCCACUGGGCGAGAAUGUUGGUAAGCCUUACCUGGCUUCUACAGCCUCUGGUUUUGGGUGCCUCUGGGCUCCUGUGAGCAGACAGGUGGAGGGCCAGCCAGGGGUGCCGGGCCUAACUAGGGAGCUCAGGGCAGCGAUGUUGGAAAUCCCAGGAGGGAGAAAUUGGGUUGUCAUCACCCAGGCCCUUUCCUCCCUCAGGCCCAUUCCUAUGGCCUUGAGUCUGAGCUCUCCCCAUGCCCACUACUGCCCCUAGUGGAUCUUCAGAAAUCAAUAAUAUGAGUUUUUAUUUUGUUUGUUUUUUGUAGUUUAUUUUGGAGUCUAGUAUUUCGAUAAUUUAAGAAUCAGAAGCACUGACAUUUCUACAUUUUAUAACAUUAUUUUGUAUAUAAUGUGUAUUUAUAAUAUGGAACAGAUGUGUAUAGGAGUUUAUUA